CCCUCCCCCUUCCCCCCUACUUCUCUCUUCAAGUCUCGCGUGAACGGCAGCCGCUCGCGCCCCGAGACGCCUCUGGAGAGGGAGUGGGGAGAACUACUCCGGGAAAAAAAUAUCCACGGCUCGCUUUCCCUCCCCCCUCUUCCUCCCCCUUCCUUUCCCCCAAAUGUCCACCCCGGCCUCCCGUAGGAGCCGCGUGUGGGUGGGGGAGCGGCCGUAGGGAGUGUGUGCGGGGCGUUUCUGCCUGCCCCGCCCCCUGCUCCUCCCCUCUCCCUCCCUCCCUUCCACUUUUCCUGAGGCCGCGCUGCUGGUGGCUCGAAGCCGGAGGCAAAGUCUAACUGGAGGGGAGCCGAGAUGGAGCUGGCGGCGGCGCGACUUCUGCGCUUCGGCGGAGCGGGCCUGCAGUUGAGAAGAAACUUCUUGACUUGCCUAUCCUCUUGGAAGACUCCUCCUCGUUUCUUAAAAUCUUCCCAGUCAGAAGCUUUGUAUAACAUAUCAAACGGUGAGGUAACAUUUGCUCCACUUCACACAUUUACAGAAGAAGAAAUGAUGAUUAAAAACAUGGUUAAAAAAUUUGCAGAGAAACAAGUUGCUCCUUUCGUGACAGCAAUGGAUGAAAAUUCACAAGUGGACAAGUCAGUAAUAGAAGGAUUAUUUCAACAAGGGUUGAUGAGUAUUGAAACUGAAACAGAGUAUGGAGGGACAGGAGCUUCAUCUUUUUCCUCUAUCCUAGCAAUAGAGGAAUUAGCAAAGGUUGAUGCAUCUGUAUCUCUUUUAUGUGACAUCCAGAAUACAUUAAUCAAUAAAUUGAUUAGAAAGUUCGGGACAGAAGAACAAAAGGCAACCUACUUGACCAAACUGGCUAAAGACACAAUAGGAAGUUUUUGCCUUUCUGAGGCAGUGGCUGGCAGUGAUGCAUUUGCUUUAAAGACUAAAGCUGAGAAGAAGGGAGACUAUUAUAUUAUCAGUGGGUCCAAGAUGUGGAUUAGCAAUGCAGAUUAUGCAGGAGUUUUUCUGGUGAUGGCAAAUGCUAAUCUUAAUAUGGGUUAUAAAGGAAUUACAUGUUUCAUAAUAGAUCGUGAUACAGAAGGACUUCAAAUAGGGAAGAAAGAAAACAAAUUAGGACUCAGAGCAUCUUCUACCAAUUCAUUGAUGUUUGAUAAUGUUAAGGUGCCAGAAACUAAUAUCCUAGGACAGCUUGGUGAUGGGUACAGAUAUGCCAUUGGAAUGCUUAAUGAAGGCAGAAUAGGAAUUGCUGCACAGAUGUUAGGACUGGCACAGGGAUGUUUUGACCACACCAUUCCAUAUCUUAAAGAAAGAACGCAGUUUGGUGAAAGAAUAUUUUCUUUUCAGGGAAUUCAACAUCAAGUAGCUCACGUGGCCACACAGCUCGAGGCUGCAAGAUUGCUGACGUACAACGCUGCCAGACUUUCACAAACUGGAAAACCAUUUAUAAAAGAAGCUUCCAUGGCGAAAUACUUUGCAUCAGAGAUUGCUGGACUGACGACUAGUAAAUGCAUAGAGUGGAUGGGUGGAGUCGGGUACACCAAAGAUUUUCCAAUGGAAAAAUACUUCAGAGAUGCAAAGAUUGGUACGAUAUAUGAAGGAACAUCAAAUAUCCAGUUAAAUACCAUAGCAAAAUUGUUAGGUAAAGAAUACUGAGGAUCACAAGAACAUGACGACUGUUACUGAGCCACUUACGUAAAACAUAAAUCGAGUGCCUUAUAUGGGAAAGAGUGGGAUAUUUUCAAGCUGGAAUUGUCUUCUGUACUACUUACAUUCUUUUGGAAUAUAUUGGGUAAAACUGCCUUUCGCUUGUCACCAGUGAUUCAAAGCAGGUAACUUUGCUUCAUGAUGUACAAAGGUUAAUUUUUCCCAGCAUCUGGCAAAAUUAAGAUAUUUCUUUUGAGUUAAUUAUUACAAAAAUUGUCAUUUCAACUUUAUUUUAGAAUCUAUCAUAUUUCUAAUACAGAUUAGAGAAAUUGGUAUUGGAGUAGGUUAUUUGUAUUUAAUACCUUUGCAGAUUCACCAAUGUCUAGUAUAGUGCAUCAAACAUAAUCUAUUUUGCAUAUGUUUCUUGAAAGAUUGAAUGCUGGUAAGUUCAGAAAUUGAUAGAAAUUCAUCAAGAAAAGCUAAGACAGCCAUUUUAAAUGUCAAAGAAUUUGUAUAGUAUAAUAGUACAAGUCAGUUAAAGGAACUGUUGUUUAAUUUAUAUGUAAUUGUUUUAAUUAGAACAAAAUGUGAUGUUUGCUGUUGAGCUCAUUUAAAAAUUAUAAAUGGUGUAAUCAUUUCAGCAGAUUGUUUAAGAAAUAAAUCUCAGCAAUUUUAAAAAAUGUCUUAGCAUCACUUUUCAAGUUGUGUGGUUAAGAAACUUUGUAAAAUAUUUUUAAAUCAGUUAAUUUUGUAAAAUUAAAGAUCUCCGCCAAGCACUGUUUUUCAGUAACUCAAUAUCUUUCUGAAUCCAAAUUGUAUAUUGUUAACUCUAAUUAGUUUAUUGAGCCUUAUUGUGAAAAAAAUCAAAAAUUGUGUUUUUUAAUCAAGCCCAUGGUGAAAUAUGGAUUGUUUACUACUUUAUUUUGAAAGGAUUAUGCUGCAAAUCAGAGAACUUUGACAUUUGGUGUAAAAGUAUAUUUUCAAAAUAAGUUUUCUAAAGCAAAUAAUAGUUACGCAUCUGAAAUGUAUAAAUGCAACCUAAAGGGAGGAACCAUCUUUGACUAAUGAAGAGAUGAAGAAAGAAAAAUUUGGAAUAUAGUUCAGAAAAGAUAGCAAUCUACUGUACUAUAAAAUAAGUUAGUGAUAAAAGUCCCAGCAUUCAGUCCUUCUGAGCAAGAAGUCAGAGCAACCUGAUAAAGAAGGCAUCACAGUCGUUGCACCUUAAUUUACCAGUUAGGAUGCUUGAGGAAUUGAAGGGGGACUGUUAAUAGUGCCAAAGAAUUAUAUACACAAUAGUGUCAACCCUUGCUGGCCUGGGAAGAAAAGGAUUGAUACCCAAAAGUAAUUUUUCAGUCUCCUUAACCAUUGGAUUGGUGACUUUAGAGAUUUGUUUUAGAACACAGGAAAUUAAUUGGUGUCAGAACUAUUAUUCUCACCAUUGGGUAGCUUGUGAUAUGUUGUUGGCAUUACGUUGAGCUUAACUGAUAAGGAAUUAAUCUGGUUCCUGUCAGAAGUAGAUAGAUAAAACAUGUGUUAAGCACUUACUAUGUUCCAGGCAGCAUGCUAAGUAUUAAGAAUAUGCUAAUUCAGCAUUAUUUUGACUUACAUAUCUUUACAUUUGCCAAAGCCAUUGACCAGUUGGAGAGAUUUGGAGUACUAGGCCUAUGUUAAAAAUUAGUAUUACCAUGUAUUGUCAUAUGAACAUGUGAUUAUAAUGGAUUUUAAUAAAUAUUGGCAUUGAAUUAC